AUGUACUGGUACCGCAGAGCCGUGUGGUUCGUGAAGGGGCUGCCGGAGUACACGCGGAAUGGCUAUGAGUCUGCUUCCAAGCACUUCAAUCCAGCCGAAGUGGAGGUGAACGUGGCUGGAAGAUCCUUUCUGGUCACUGGUGCAAACAGUGGCAUUGGCAAGGCCACAGCCAAAGAGAUAGCCAGGAGAGGUGGCACGGUUCAUCUGCUUUGCCGAAAUAAGGAAAGGGCUGAGGUGGCUAAAGGAGAAAUAGUGACAGAAACAGGCAAUCAGAAUGUAUUCUUGCAUAUUGUGGAUAUAUCCAAUCCCAAGGAUAUCUGGAAGUUUGCUGAAAAAUUCAGAAAUGAACAUAAAUUAAACGUGUUGAUCAACAAUGCAGGAUGUAUGGUGAAUAACAGAGAAUUGACUGAAGAUGGACUUGAAAAAAACUUUGCAACAAACACUUUGGGUGAGUAAAGGCUUAGUUCUGAAAUAUAC